AUGCUCUACCUCAUCGGCUUAGGGCUUGCCGAUGAGACAGAUAUCACUGUCAAAGGUCUUGAGAUCGUGAAGCGCGCCGAACGUGUCUACUUGGAAGCCUAUACCAGCAUUCUGCUAGUUGACAAGGAAAAAUUGGAAUCGUUCUAUGGUCGUGACGUGAUCAUCGCCGAUCGUGAGACUGUUGAGACGGGAAGUGACGAUAUUCUUCAAGAUGCACAAGAGAAAGAUAUAGCCUUCCUUGUGGUAGGUGAUCCAUUUGGAGCUACAACCCACACAGAUCUUGUUCUUCGAGCGCGAGAGCUCUCUAUACCUAUACAAAGCAUACCCAAUGCCUCUAUCCUGUCGGCCAUCGGCAGCACAGGCCUGCAAUUGUACAACUUCGGUCAGACUGUGAGCAUGGUCUUUUUCACGGACAACUGGCGUCCAUCAUCGUUCUACGAUCGCAUCAAAGAGAAUGUGUCCAUUGGCCUGCACACGUUGGUGUUAGUUGACAUUAAGGUCAAAGAGCAAAGCUACGAGGACAUGGCGCGAGGACGAAAAGUAUACCAGCCACCAAGGUAUAUGACUGUUGCGCAAUGCGCUUCCCAGAUGCUUGAGAUAGAAGACGAGCGCAAAGAGCAAGUAUAUGCACCUGACAGUCUUGCAGUCGGAGCUGCCAGAGUAGGAUCGAAGGAACAGAGGUUGGCUUGCGGCACCCUGCAAGAAUUGUCGCAAGCAGAUCUGGGACCACCUCUCCACAGCCUGGUACUGCUUGGCAAAAGAGCUCACGACCUAGAGAGGGACUACAUUCGAGCUUUUGCAAUCGAUGAGAAGACCUUUGAUGCGUCAUGGACAAAGUACUACCAAGGACCUUGA